GUACGGGCCACCCGCCGCUGGAGCCCCACCUGGCCGCAGCCAGCGCUGCCCACCCCAGGACCAAGCGAUGUUCCUGUGAACUGCCAGCUCGCCCAGCCCAUCUGGCGACCCUUGCACGGGCGCCUGGGCUGCUGCAAGGAGAGACAGCUCCGCUUGCAACGCGGCACAUACUGGCACGACAAUCUCCCUGGGAGGGACACACCGCUCCCUAUGGCUUGGGAAGCCCACCAAGGCGGUGCAAGAGAUCGCUCAGCAGGUGCGAGUGCUCGCACUCGAGGGACAACAUCUGUGCCACCUUCUGCCAGAUGAAACCUGGGUACCUCCAGAGUCCGAAGCUCCCAGCGAGCUCUGGAGCAUCAACGAAGUCUCCGCAGAGCGGUGGCGUGAGGCCUUCCCAUCACGGCUUGCUGAGAGCUCUCAGGGAUCUUGCUGUCUCCAGUCUGCAGUUUGGGAAGCAGCAGCACCGUUCUCAGAGGAACGCACAGCCAACAGCUUUGCCUUGGAAGAAAAACAUCUGGAAGAAGAAGAGAUAA